AAAACCGAUCGAACACUUUUCGUGAAUGGAAAGAUCUAUUGUUUUUCAUUUGCCAUUCUCUCGUCCUUCAUUCACUCUAAAGGUUCACGAUUAGUUUCCAUUCGUAGACAUCUCGAAGCAGUGUUGCUGACUUUGCGAACAUGGUUGGAUGGUGGUGGGCCCCACAAGCGACUGCAGUCGCGUCUUGUGAACCUCCAGCUGGGAAGACCUAUUUGACCAUAGGCCAAGACCUGGCUGCGAUUCAAGACUACGUCACGGAUCAGUUCUCGUACAGUUUGCACCGAGCUCAAACAAGGCAGAAGAAGGGUUUGAAAUUAAACGAUAUGCGACUCGACUGGUAUCGCGUUGCUCUUUCUCACGUCUUAACCUUUGCUCAAUUUUUACGCCCUUACGUGCCUAGGAAUGAAAUCGCCGUGGGACCGAUUCCGCCGCUGACGGUGGCAGACUUUUUGCCAGCCGCAACCAUGGUCUACACGGACAUCCAGACGCUCAGCGGUUUGAAAACACCGAUCGACUACGGUAGCGGCGUCCAGGACGCCGUCGGCGUCACUCUGGAAGGACAGGUACCUGGUCUCCAAAUUGGCUUGUGGUUAAACGGCACCACCGGAUGUGCGGAUAUUAUGGCGGGAAAGUUAAAGGCAGAGAUUGACUCGUUGAUGACCUUUCUGACAAACGAAAGCAACGCCACCAAGGUCUUUUUGCGCGUUGGAUACGAGUUUGACAAUCCAGGUUUUGGGUACAAUAGUGAUCCGGCGCUCUACACGAAAGCCUACGUCAAGAUUGUCAACAGUUGCCGUUUCUGGCCGGCUUGCCGCAACAAGGUCAUCUUUGUUUGGCAUUCGUGGGGAGCCGGUUUACCCGCGAAUACCACACUAGCCGACUUUUAUCCUGGCGAUGAUGUCGUCGAUUGGGUCGGGGUGAGCAUUUUUUCCCAGUUCUACCAGCACUAUCCUAGUCUCGGCAGUAUCUCGACAUUGAACAACGUCUUGGACUUUGCCAACUUCCACAACAAACCCACUAUGAUCGCGGAAUCGACGCCGUUUGGAGGGGUUCAUGUCUUGAAAGACCCCUGGAGAGAUUGGUAUCAUCCAGUACUGAAAAUAAUCAAUGCGUACGAUAUUGGUAUGUGGAGCUACAUUGAUUGCGACUGGGACUCUCUGUCUAUGUGGAAUGGAACGGGUUUCGGAGACUCGCGCUUGGCGGCGAACCAAACAAUCACACGCCUUUGUCAAAAAUAUGUUUUGAAGAAUCCACGUUUCGUUCAGCACGCAGGCCUUUGUGCCGUCGGCCCCGCCAAAACAGGUACACGAGUCUCUAAAAAGGGUGGCAAAAAGCCAUUUGAUUGGACAGAAUGGAUGAGUAAGGGCAAAAAAGACAAGAUGGAUAAUGUAGACGAGGGCAACACAUUUGGAUGGGAUAGCGACGGCAGCAGUGGACGCUUAGAUCUUUUGGCUGCGAGGGGGAAGGAUGGUUUUCUUAUAGCUAAUGGUUCGUCCUUUUUCUUUGUGGGGGGCAUCCUUAUUGCCUUGCUUGCCUCGCUUUGGACUCAUCGACGACAUCGUCGCCGAGGAUACGAAACCAUCAAUGAACUGUUGGUGUAGAACUAAAUGGAUUUAAUGGAAACUU